AUGUCUACCAAAAUCGCCAUAUCCUUAUUUUUGGUGGCUUGCCCGCUUGCCCUCUCCGCGCCUCUGGCUGGCAGUGGCUCAGGGCUCCGCCUCAUCAAGACCUCUGAAGCUGAUAUCGGCCAAUGGGUGACUGAACAAGACAAAUUCGACAGAUUCAUCUCAAAGAAUAUAGGAUUCAUCGACAUUACCGAUAUCAAGGACGAUGAAGUGCUAUCUAUUCUAUCCACCCCAUCUUCAGAAGCCUCCAUCUCUGCCCGUGCGGUUAACUAUCCGACCAAGGUUGAGCACGUAGACGAGGCACAGUCACUCAUCGCCGACGUGUCCAUCAAUGGCCCACAAAGCUGGUUAACCACGUUCACGCAAUUUACUACGCGACACUACCGUUCGACUACUGGCACACAAGCCUCAGCCUGGCUUUUCGAUCAGGUCUCCAGCAUUGCAUCUGCGAGGCCGGAAAUCACUGUGCAGAGAUUCAAUCACACAUGGAACCAGCCCUCUAUUAUUGCUCGCCUACCAGGCCAAAGCUCCAACUUAAUUAUUGUGGGAGCCCAUAUGGACUCUACUGCUGGCUCUGCUACAGCCCGCAGUCCUGGAGCAGAUGACAACGGCUCAGGAUCUGUUACUAUCUUGGAGGCCCUACGUGUCAUUGCCCAUUCGGAUUUUACCCCGAAGAACACUGUUGAGUUUCACUGGUACAGUGGCGAGGAGGGAGGUCUCCUUGGCUCUCAGGCCAUCUUUUCAAACUACAAAUCCACUCAAAAGAAUGUGCUUGCCAUGCUUAAUCAAGACAUGACUGGGUAUUCGCCGAGUAACCAGCUGGCUGUAUAUACUGACAACGUUGACGCGCCCCUCACUCAGUACGUCAAAGUAAUUGCUACUCAAUACACCGGUGCUGCUCCUCUGACCACUAGAUGUGGCUAUGGCUGCUCCGAUCAUGCCAGCGCCCGAUCCAACGGGUUCCCAUCUGCUUUCGUUAAUGAAGACGUAUUCGAAAAGACCAACCAAAACAUUCAUUCUGCUGCAGAUUCUCUUGAGAAGAUCCAGUGGCCAGCUAUUCUGCGACAUGCCAAGUUUACAGUCGGGUUCAUCGUGGAGGCGUCUUACAUUUAAUUGCUUUGCAGUUGGCUUAAUGGUUUGUAGUCGCACACUCACCGAGGCGGGUAAUAUACGCAUACCGCGAAUACUGCAGUUGUUGUCUAGUUCGUGACGGCUAUAUGAAAUAAUAGCUCAAUUGCUGGCUGCUUUACCUAUCGCAAA